AUGCUUCCAACAGCUGGGCACGUUUCGCAUCGUCCGAUCCUCGGCGGAUCGCAAAUUGACGGUUCUGUCGAGGAUCGAGCAGCAGGCAAGUGCCCGUCGUGGCCUCGCACCGUGAAGAAGUGUCGAUCGAAUGCAUUGUCCGCAGCAAAGAAAAGUCAUGGCAUUGGUAUUAAAUAUUCGGGACAAUUUCGUCAAAACAGUCUGCGGCUUGUUUUCAAAGAAAGCAAAACAAUUUGCAAGCAACGUAGCAGAACCAAGUCCAGCGUAACUUCGUUGAAGAAAAAAUCAUCGUUGAAUAAGAAAUUGCCACUGGAAAAUACAGCGAGAACAGUGUGUCAUUAUUCUACGUGUCAGAACGUCAUAUUUAACAGAAUUAACAAAGAACACGUGUCUCAAGAAGUUCCGAUAAUGAACAGUACGAAGAAUACAAAUCGUCAUAACAGUUUCAUCGCAUCAGUUGAGAAACAUCCUCGAUCGUACGCAGAACUGAUAGCCGAUUACAGCAAAAUUUUAUACAAGGAAUCCGCCUUAAGUUCACGAAAUGAUAGUCUUUAUUUCAACAAUACAAUGCGCAUGAGUCCAUUCAGUACUUUCUCCACAUCAUCCUCGGCAAAGAAAAUCAUAAAUAUCAGUGAACAUAACGGAGUACCGUGUGAAGAGCGAAAAGAUGAUUCACUUCUUCCCACUACUGCAGCUAAGUUCGACCGCUGCAUUCGACGUGAUAACGCAAACAUUGACGAACGUCGCAAUUUUCAACACUGCGACACGCAUAUCACCGAGGCAAUAAAUAAAAGCACCAAUCAGAAUUGCGUUGCAAAUGAUUUAACGGGCGACGAUCAAUCUUAUAUAAGAUUAGUUGCCGAUUGCAGUAAGUCUAUGCGUAACAUUCCGUUUUUAAAUAUUUCGAACGGUGGUUUACUGCCAAAGAGAAACGUAUUGGCGAAAAAUUCUCUUGAAACCUUCGCCACUCCGACGAGAAAAGCAAGCGGCACGAAUACACCAGAGACAAUCCCUCUUAUCGCUGCAAUGCCACUCGAGAAGAAUAUCAACGAACAGACAACUAAUUCAAGGGAGGAUUGGUUAGGAGAAAUGGAGAACGUGAUAAGUGACUUGAAAAGCUUCACUGGCAGAAAAAACGCAAAAACUGCGUCUAAGCCAGAAGAAAAUGAUAUUUUGCAAUUCGAGUCCAGUAAUUCGCUGAACAGAGCUCACAGAUUCACAGAGCUAAUCGAAACUUACGAACGAAAGAAAGAAGAUACAGUAGAUGGAAAGUUGAAUGAUCAAUUUAACAAAGUUCACAAGAUGGAAAAACUUAAUAAAGAUCUGCGAAAGCAUAAUUAUUCGCAAUUUAACGACAAGACCUUGAAUUCGCCGCGGUAUUUCAGUAAUGCAACAAACAAUGCAUCCGUAAGAAAGCAUUCGACGCAGGUUCCGGCUGGCGAUAGCAAUAUAUUGAAGCAACCUCAGGUUAAACUGCGUAUGGUGCCUUCUGAAAAAGAAUCUAUUGUGUCCAUCAACGUGGACUCGGCUUCGACCGGACCGCUGGAUCCUCAAAAUCCUGCCUCCAAACAGCUCUCCGUCGUCGUCCAAUCUGACCGAAAGGGGGAUCUACAGUCGACGGAGAAUCAGUGGAACAUUCCGACACUCCAGAGAAGUAGCAAAAGUGCAUCGCAGCGCAGUGACUUCGGUCCGAUGCGCAUUUCGAUUAGCGAGGACUCCGCGCCGAUCAAACAGAUUGAGUUUUCAAUCAACGGCAAACCGGUUUCGGAGCUGAAAAGCAUCACCGCAAGGACGGAGAAGUUAGAUGUGGUGAGCUCAGUGGACAAAAUCGAGAUCAGGAUACCGUUCGCCAAGGACGAGGCGAACACGUUGAGCAAGUCGAAAGAGAACGACUUAUCGAAGGGAACCGAUUCGAACGUGGAGCAGAUAUUGAACGUACAAAUAUCCGCCAACUUUCAGAAUAAAUUCGCCAAGAGUAGCACUGAGGAGCCGGCAGAAACAAUAAACACGAUAUCGACAUUACCUUCGCAAACUUCCAAGACUCAUUAUGUGUUUAACAAACCUGCAAAGGCCUAUGACGAAACUCUUGACACCAAUAACGUGCAACAAAAUGAAUCUAACAAUGCAACUGAAAAACCUAUCAACAAGCAUAAAAUUUCAGAUAAUAUUGGUUUUGAAAUUCAACGCAAAACAACGAAGAAAAAAGCAACCGAAGAAGCAAAUAUUGAAACUGGAAAAUUGAAAAAAAUGACGAGCACCGUGCGAUCUCCGGAGACGAAUACGUACGAUAAAUAUGAAUCUUCUGAUUCUCGCAUUCCCUCGAAAAUGGUACCUUGGUGGUCCUCCUCCGAUUCUUUUAACAAGAUAAAGAAAAAGGAGGAUGAUCGUAAACCACUCACGCCAUUAUCAAAUCAAAAUGAAAAAAAAACGACCUCGUCGGAUUUGAAUAAAAAUCUUGUCACGGAAUCUUCAAUGUUGAAAGAAACGUCAGGCUCAAAAAUACCGACAAAGAAAAUUCAGUCGACAAACAACGAGAUUAUUGCAAAAAACAAUUCUGACAAUUUGACUUCUUGCUCGAAUUCUUCAGAGCAAUUAUCUACAUCUGAUACAAUAAAUACGCAAAGCAAACAUGAUAUAGAAGAUAAGGCACUUAUCUUGUCAAGAAAAUUCGAAGCACCAAAUAGUGCGCAAGAUUUAUUAUCAAAAAGAAAUCAAGAGAAGGAACAUAAUGAUUCGUUAAAGCAGACAAAAUCAAUCAAUGAGAUUUUCACUAUAAAACCAAAGAUACAAAAUAAUUUAGAUGUUAUAAAACCAAUGAAAAAAGGAAAAGAUGAUACUUUGAUUGAUGACGUAAAAAUAUCAUCGACAAAACCAUCAGGAUUAAAUAAUGAAAUAAAAAAGAUUCAAAAUUCUCCAAAUUUUAGCAAUUCCUCGAAAUUAGUGCAAACGUUGGAAAACCAGGAAAAAAUUCUUCAAGCAAAUUUGAAAUCAUUAUCGAAAUCUAAUACUGAUAAAGCCGAUUCUUUGCCAAGUUUAACAAUUUCUUCAGAAACGACGCAAAAAUCAGAAAAAACGAUGGAACACGUUGAAACGCCAAUAGAAUUAAAGCAAAAUAAACCGAACAAUUUAUCAAAUAUAAAGAAUACUUCAGAAGUGACAAUAAUUAAAAAAUUGGAAAAACUGAACUUGACAUCGCCAAAAUUAAAAGAUAACUCAGCUAAAGAAUUUACUUUGCAUAAGAAAAUAACAGACCAAAAUAAAUCACCCUUGGAAACCAUAAACGAAAUACAAACAAAAUCGACUUCAAAAGUAAAAAAUAAUGUAGUAACUAAAGAUUCGAUAAAUAAAAAUAUAAAAGACAUAUUAAGCACUGAUCAAUCUGCAGAUAAAUUGAAUAAAAAAUCCGAUGCAAAAAUUAUAGCAGCAAAGAUUAUAACGCAAAAUCCCAAAAGCAAGAGUUUAUUGUCAAAGGAUAGCGAAGAAAAUCAUUUGCGAGAAUUAAAGGCAAACAAGGAUAGAGGAAGUUUUUCGGGAUCAAUUGGUUUUUUGAAAAAACCAAAUGGUUCAGCUGGUUUUAUAUCGUCUGAUUCGAAGAUGCACACGAAAUCCAGAGUAACAUCGAACGACAACUGCGCUGGAAAAUUAAUUAUGAAAUCAUCGUAUUCGAACUCUGAUAGGAAGGAUGACGCAUUAUCGAACUCACAGCGAGCUGUAUUCAAGAUUCCACGAAAUUUAAACAACGUUGACGAUAUGUUAGAACAUCACGCACCAAGUGUAAUCGGAAACGCUACGCCGUGGACAAAUAUGGACAGACCAGAGAAAAGCAUGCUAUAUUCCGCAUGGUUGCAACGAUCUAGAAACGAUAUUAAUAAGGAGAAAUUAUACUGA